AUGGUUGUCCAUGUUCUAGGUAAGGCCUUUAAAGGGAAGGAGGUAGUGAGAAUUGGUCUUGCUUCGAAGUUUUACGGCAUUGGAUUAAAAACAUCCGAACGGUUGUGCGCCAAGCUGGGUCUCUAUCCUUGGAUGCGGAUGCAAAGCUUAACAGAACCCCAAAUCAUGGCUAUGAGCACUGAACUAUCGAAAAUGACCAUCGAGGACGACGCAAGGGCUAUUGUUAAAGAGAAUAUUGCUCUAAAGAGAAGAAUUGGAUCGUAUGCUGGUUUGAGACAUGCGAUGGGUCUUCCAGUAAACGGUCAGCGCACACGUACAAAUGCUAAGACUGCUAGAAAACUGAAUAGACUUGAUAGACGUGGAUACCAUACGAAUAGCUCUCCUAGCAGCAUGUCUGAGGGUAUUCUUAGAAUUAUAGGAUUCCGCCGUUUCUGA